AUGUGGGCAGCAAGGCAGUGGCAUCGAGCGAUAGCCGGUUUUGCUCUGUUUUCACUCGGGGGCAGCACGAUAAGGGGAACCCAUGCAGCGGUGCCUGAUUAUGUGGUGAAAUAUGCUGAUGCCGGUCUCAACGCUUUAGCACCUUUGGUUUGGACACACAGCCAAGACCCGUACCAGCCGGCAGAUAUCGCCGCUCAGGUCGCGCACUCAAUACCGCAGGUCAAGUAUAAGCCCGUAGCGGGUGCACCAUCGCCAUUAACCCUGAAUAACUUGGAUCAAUUGAAUGCACUAGGUGGUAAAGAUAUCUUUUUGACAUCUUCGGAGGGUAUACGUGCGCUGCCAGAUUGGUUCAAGGGCGUGAGACCUAAUAGCGACGGUAAAACCGAAGGAGCCAUAAGCUCAACGAUUGUUGUUACGGAGCGUGAAGACGGGGUGGUCGAUGCCUUUUACUUUUAUUUCAACGCGUCCAAUCCUGAGAAAUGGCACAGGGAACAUAAUAUGAUCCGUUUCAAGAAUGGCCAGCCUCAGGCCAUCUGGUAUAGCCAGCAUGCCGGCGGGCGUGCGUUUGCAUGGGAUGCCGUGAACAAACGCGGACUGCGGCCUGUUGCGUUCAGCGCGAAUGGUAGUCAUGCCCUCUACACAACGGAAGGAACCCACGACCACACCAUCCCGGGAGUCAGCCUCCCAAUCGGACUUUUAACCGACAAGUGUAAUGAAGGCUUUCUGUGGGAUCCGACCUUGAGUACAUAUUCAUUCCGGUACGAUCGAGCCUCGCAGGAAUUCAGCGCAUACGAUGCAGACACUCCGGUCAACUGGCUCAAUUUCGACGGGCAGUGGGGCGAUGAGCAGCUCCCUGAUGACGCAGAAGGACAGGUUAUCUUGUUCGGGCAACGAAAGUAUGCGUCCGGGCCCAAUGGCCCCAAGUUCAAAGAGCUUGAUCGCAAAAAUGUUUGCCCGUCGAAGAUCGGACCUUGUUUUAUUCGACGAAGUUUGAAUCUGCAAGAAGAGGAGGAACAAGAGCUGAAGCGCGUGGUGGAGCUAUUGUAG